GACAGGGCGGUACAGGGGUGGCAGAGGGGACAGUGGGGUGGCAGAGGGGACAGUGGGGUGGCAGAGGGGACACGUGGCUCACCCUCCUGCCUGCUCCAGCCACUCUGCUGUCCCUCCUCACGGGGCAGAGGGAUUUGUGCCGUGCCAUGCCGGGCAAAGGUCCUGCCGUGACCUCUGUCCCCAGCCCCACCCCGAGCCCAGCCAUGGAGCUGCUGGGGACCCUGAGCCCCCCGUGGUGGCUCCUGCUGCUGCCACUCCUGGCUCUGCUGCUCUGGGCCAGGCGCAGAAGCCCCUGGGAGCCCGGCAAGUGUCCCACCGACCUGACGGGCAAGACAGUGAUUGUCACCGGAGCCAACAGCGGCAUCGGCAAGUGCGUGGCCACGGAUCUGGCGCGCCGUAACGCCCGCACCAUCCUGGCGUGCCGGAGCCGGGAGCGGGGCCAGGCGGCCGUGGAGGAGAUCCGGGCGGCCACCGGGAACCCGGCGGUGGUGCUGAGGCUGCUGGACACCGGCUCGCUGGCCUCGGUGCGCGCCUUCGCCGACGCCGUGCUGCGCGAGGAGCCGCGGCUGGACGUGCUGGUGAACAACGCCGGUGUCACCGGGCUGCCCUUCGCCAUCACGCCGGAGGGGUUGGAGCAAACCUUUGCCACCAACUACCUGGGCCCUUUCCUGCUCACCAACCUGCUGUUGGACCUCCUGAAGGCCUCGGCGCCUGCCCGGGUGGUCAACGUGUCGUCGUUCCGGCACAGCGUGGGCACGGCCGACAGCGCGUUCCUGACGGGGCAGCGGCGCCCGCCCGGGUACGACGCCGCCUACAGCAGCACCAAGCUGAUGAACGUGCUCUUCACCGCCGAGCUGGCACGGCGCCUGCAGGGCACGGGGGUGACGGUGAACGCGCUGAGCCCCGGUCUGGUGAGCACCAGCAUCAUGCGCCACUUCAGCUGGGCCGUGCGGGCGCUCUUCAGCCUCCUCAGCCUCUUCAUGAAGUCGGCAGAGCAGGGCGCUGCCAGCACCAUCUUCUGCGCCGUCUCGGAGGAAGCGGAGGGCAUCACCGGGAAAUACUUCGACAGCAGCUGCCGGCUGGCGCUGCCCUCGGCGGCCGCCCGCGACACCGCGCUGGCACGGAAGCUCUGGGAGGCAUCGGAGCGGCUGACGGGGCUGACGGAGCGGGACUGAGCCACCAGGAUGUCACCCCUGAGGAG